CUUGAUUGCAGAAUGAAUCGGGCAGCGGUCGGUGUGGCGCAAGUUGCAGUCGCGCUCGGAAGCGUGGUGUACUACCCCAGAUGGACAGGGUCCCUGGAAAGUUCUCACCCAGAUGCGUUGGCUCGCGCUGUUUUCAUGCUUGGUACCUUGACCUUCACGGUGUUGUCGAUUUCCGUCCCAACUCAGAUCCACACCACCAAGCUGCAUGCACUAGCUUUCAGCGUCAGCGCAACAAUCUUGGGUGCUGCCUUCUUUCACGUCGUCAUUGUAUUCUUUGGUGCCCCAGUGUUCCAGAUGUGUUGGAAAACGUUCUUGCUUGCUGCGUUGGUCUCGAUCCUUGCUGUGCCGCAAGCCACAAUGCAGUUUCACUCGGCUUACAACGGUGUGACACCAUGGAUCGACCUUCUCCUGAAUGCCAGGUACCGCGAUCAAACCGACGUACAAAUGGCGUGGACGUGUAUUGGCACUCUACUGGGAGCAUACAUUGGAACUAUUUUCAUUCCACUCGACUGGGAUCGCCCGUGGCAGCAAUGGCCGCUGCCUUGUGUGUAUGGGGCUGUGUACGGCCACGUGGCUGGCAUUGGUUUGUCGCUCUUUGCGACAUGGUGUGGUGUGGUGCCACUGCUUGUGGACACCAAGCACGAGUAAACCGAUCGUUUAACCUCGAAGUGGACAGUACUCGGUUUGGAAGCGAGCGAUGAACUUGGCUAGCCUCAUCAUGCAAGGGACGUUGGGGCGGCGGUAUAUUAGUGUAGGAACUGGUCACACAAGCAAACGAGUAGUCGUCCGAGUUGCGCCAAGUUUUCUCUGUUGUCGGGCAAUUUCGCGACAAGGCACAGGUUUGGCGCGUUGAAAUUACCAAGCGCCAUCAUGGC